AUGGGAAGUUCUCAACAAUACUGUCUAAGGUGGAACAAUCAUCGUUCUAACCUAUUGACAGUUUUCGAUCAGCUUCUGCAAAAUGAGGCAUUCACAGAUGUGACUUUGGCCUGCGACGGUGGAACCUCAGUUAAGUGUCACAAAAUGGUGCUCGCUGCCUGCAGUCCUUAUUUUCAGUGCCUGUUUACCGAUUUGCCGUGUCGACACCCCGUUGUCGUAUUAAAAGACGUAAAAUACAACGACAUGAAAGCCAUACUCGAAUACAUGUAUCGUGGAGAAGUGAACGUGGCACACGAUCAAUUGGGGGCAUUGCUAAAAGUAGCCGAGGCAUUAAAGGUGAAAGGUUUAGUCGAAGAAAACGGUAGGGAAGCGAAUAGUUCGAAUAAUUUUCCGCUUUCGACGACAAAAACUACGACGGAUCAGGACAGAAACGACGCGAGUUCUCCUCCGCGAAUAGGUACUUCGACCACGUCUAUUUCGAGUGUUCCACACUCGAGUGUGUCUCCUCCUCAUUCUACACACGGUAACGGUGAAAAUUGCUUGUCCAAUUCCUAUUCAAAGAGUCCUUACAUGUACGGUAAAAGUCCGGUCAUGGAUAGAAGUAGCAGAAUGAAUUUACCCAUGUGGGCGGUGCCUUUACCACAUCAUCCUUCGCCGGUUCCUCCGCCGAGUCAUCCUCACGCUGCUGCCACAGCGGCUGCAGCAAUGCUUUCUUCUUGCUACGAAGCUGCCAAUUCGGACAUGUCUCCAUUGAAAAGAAAAAAACUUCAGAGUUUGCUCAUGUCUAGAGACACUCCGAUUCUGAGAACGGUUUUAGGCCAGGGACAAGUGGAUUCUUCGCAGCCGGUUCCGUUGGUUUGUCAUCCGGACACACAGGAAAGAAUACAUUCGAACGGAUCUGCCCAGGAAAACGAACGGGGUUCGACAGUAUUCACGAAUAAUUAA